CGGACUGUUAAACGCAACACACGGCAGCUGCAAAAAGGCUUUUUCUUUUUUCCUUACUAGCAUGUAAUAUCAUUUCUACAGUUUUCCCCAUUUGAUUUUGAUUCAUUUUCUGAUAAAAUGUUUGCAAAACCGUUUCGUGUUAAAUCCAACAUCGUAAUGAAGGGAUCCGACAGGAGAAAGCUCAAGGCUGACGUAUCAGCAGCCUUCCCUACCCUGUUUUCUGAUGAACUAACAGAGCUGGUCCCGAACAAAGAGGAAUUCAAUGUUGUGAAGAUAUUUGCGCACAAGGGAGACGCUGUGACAUUAUAUGUAGGUCAUAAAAACCCGCUCUUCUUUGAAGUGGAUAAACAGCUUUAUCCUACAGUCUAUAUGCUCUGGCGCUACCCUGCUGUCCUGCCUGCGUUCAGGACAUGGCCUCUUGUUCUUCACAAGAUGAUCGGAGGAGCCGAUCUCAUGCUUCCAGGUGUGGUAGUGCCUUCCAGUGGACUCCCAGACAUAAAACAGGGUGACCCCUGUGCUGUUACACUUGUUAAUAAUAGAGCUCCUGUUGCAAUUGGCACAGCUGCAGUUUGCAGUGCAGAAAUGCUCAAUUUGGGCAUGAAAGGGAGAGGGGUGUGUGUUUUGCACACAUACAUGGAUCAUCUCUGGGCUUUUGGAGAAAAGUCCAGUCCUCCCACUUUUCCAGAUGCAGAGGGUGAAGUACCAGAUGUGAAUGGUAAAGAAUGUGUGGCUGAUGAGCAAGAAGAAGGUGAAAAGGAGGAGGAGGAGGAAGGUGAGCAGAGUUCAGUGCAGGAGCAGCAAGCAAGCGAGCUGGUCAGAGACCAAGCCCAUCCAGCUCUGGCUGAGCAGGAAGAAGGGGAACUUGAAGAGGCCAAGGAGGAAGGGGAGCAGGACCAGGACGAUGAGAAGUCGCCACAAGAGGUCAUGGACGCUCUACUUUGGCAGUGUUUCCUCCUGGCUCUCAAAAGCAAGGUGAAGAAAUCAGAGCUCCCCCUGCUGACAAGCACUUUUCUCCGGAACCACAUGUUUUCCUGCUGCCCGAGCGGAAAACAACUAGAUAUUAAAAGGUCCAGCUAUAAAAAGCUCUCCAAGUUCCUGCAGGUCAUGCAGCAGCAGCACAGCAUUGUACGUGUGAAAGAACUGACAAAGGGUGUGGAGAGUAUUGUAGAGGUGAACUGGAAAAGUCCAAAACUACGCUUCUCUGUUCCAGAAGAGACACACGUUGAAACAAUUCCACUCGGAGAAACACAGUAUCAUCCUCCUGAAAUCACCACUUUAUACUCAGUGUCAGCUCGCCUGCAGCCUCUUUUUCAGGAUGCAAACAAAAGGAAAGGUGUGGCAUUGCAACCUGCUGAGGUGAGAAGCAUUGUCACUGAGUAUGUGAAGAAGAAUGACCUGGUAGAUGAAAACAACAAGAAUUAUCUGAGAAUCAACCCAACACUGUGUGACUGUUUACUUGAGAAAUCAGAGUACCAGGACCUACAGACUCUCAAUUGGGAUGACCUUUUCACCAGGACAUUAGGAAGAAUGCAAGAGUGCUAUCAAAUAGUGUUUCCUGGACAAACACCCCUAAUAAAGAAGGGACAUAUUGAGCCCAUAGAUGUCUCAGUGGCUUCCCGAGGCUCCAAUAAAAAGGUGACCAUAAUAAAGAACCUGGAAGUAUACGCUUUGGAUCCUUCUGCUGUUGCCACUGCAUUGCAGCACAGAGUUCAAGCCAGUUCAGUCCUGCAACCAAUUCCUGGGGCCAAAGACAAGGUCCUGGUCCAAAUUCAAGGCAAUCAGAUUCAACAAAUUGGACAUUUGCUCCUAGAUCAUUAUCGAGUUCCUCGCAAGUACAUCCACGGGUUAGACAAAGCUCCGAAAGGUGGAAAGAAGAAGUAGCAUUUUAAUGCUAUACUUGGUAUUCUGUCUGCUUAGUCUACACAGCUGCUAUACUGUUUGUUAACAUUCCUGUGGGCCUUUUGCUAAUAUAUGAUCAUCUUAUGACAGCUGAUGAAUGAAACAUCUCUGCAUUUAAUUCUGUAUUGAGAAUACUGUACAUUUGCUGAUGGUGUUUUGUUAUAUCUGGCACACAUUGUUGCUGCAGGAUAAUUAGAGUCUGUUGCGGCAAGAACCAUCCUCAAAUGUUUAGACAUUUAGUGCUGUCAUCUUAAAGCAGCUGGUAAGAUGGCAAGAGAUCGCACAUGGCUUUCAGGAUGUCAUUAAUACCCAAUUUCAUUUCAUGUAAACGCAUUUCAGAGAAACUUUGUAAUUAUAUCAGCGUUUCUGAAAUGUGAAGUCAUCACUGCAUAAAAUGAAUAUUUUGGCAACGUAAAAUGUGUUCUGCAUUUAUCAUGUCAGUCGGUGAGAUGGUGCUGAAUAGAGGAGAUGAGUGGAAAGUAAGGUCGAGAAAUUAUGUUCACCGUACCUCUACUCCCAGACACCAAAUGAGAGAUUGGACAUCAU